AUGGUGUUGAGUGUUAGAGAAGACGGUGGAAUGUUGCACUAUGAUAUUAUGGAUGGAAAGAACAAAAGAUUUACUGUGGUGCACAAUGUAAAUGACCAUGAGGCCAAAUGCAGUUGCAAGAUGUUUGAGAUGGUUGGACUAUUGUGUAGACACAUAUUUGUGGUCUUUAGAGACCUUGAAAGGAUCCCUCUGAAGUACGUGGUUAACCGGUGGACUAAGGAUGUAUCUUUAAAAGCUACAUUUGAAAUAGAUGGUGUCAUUUAUGAUCAGAAUGGACCAAAGGAUGAAAAGAAGAUGUUGCUGAACAAAGUGUGGUCUGAUAAACACUGUUGUAUGGAUAUGGCAGGUUCAAACAUGGAGCAAUUGACUACAUUUUCCCAAGUGAUUAAUGAACAGAAACAGCUGCUACUGUCAGGAAAGGAGAAAUUGUCCCCUUAG